AUGGAAGAAAUAGAGUUGCAUAUUAUCAAAAAUGAUAUUAUUACAAUAGGUGAUAGAUUAAUUGAUAGUGAUGAUAUAUUUCAUUUGUGUAAAAGAAUAGUGAAGAGUAGAACAAAUCAAUGUGUUGACACCAUUUUAGAAUGUAUUUUUUACAUGCCUGUGAAAAUAGGUAUAUAUAUAACCAUUUUAGGGAUAUUAACAAAGAACAAUGAAAAAUUAAAAUUACAAGUAUUGCUAAAAUUAAGUCAUAAUAUUGAAGUAUAUAUAAAAGAUAACCCAUUACACUGUUUAUUAUGGUUUAGAUGUAUCAUAGGGUUAAGUUGUUGUCAUGUUUUUGAUUUUGCUUACUGUUUAAAUUUGUUUAAGAAUUUGUAUAAUCUGUGUAUUGAAUUAUAUAAAGAGAAAAAGUUCAUAAAAGGAGAUAAUAUUUUAUAUUUAUUUUUAAGUAAUUUUUUUUAUAUAUCUAAACAAAUAUAUGAUGAAAAUAAGAGUGAAUUGGAAAAUAUUUUAAUUAACAGUUUUGAUUUAAUAGAGAAAAGACAGGAACAUAUUGAUAAUAUUGAUAUAGAUAAUAACGAUAUAUCAACAAUUGAAUAUAUAUAUAUUUACACAUAUAGUAUUAUUCAUAGUGACAAUUUUAAUGAUAGAUUGUUUCAUUUAAAAGGUGCUUUAUAUAAUUAUAUGGAGAAUAAUUUAAAAAGUGUAGCGACACAUAGAUUUUAUCAAAAAGAAAUAUUUCAAAAAAUAUUUUUAGAAAAAGACAAUAUUGAAGAGGAGGAUAUUAGUACAAAUUAUGCAAAUGAAUCACAGGAAAGUAAAGAAAAUCAUGUUAACGACAAAGAAGGGAAUGAACAUAUAAUGAAUGGACCUAAUGAUACUACUAACAAAAACAGUGUGGAUAAUUAUGUGAAGAAUGGAAAAGAUGAAAAUUUAAAAGUUGUAUCAGAGAACACUCACAAAAAAGAGAUAAACUUACAAAUAGCUAUAGAAAAAUGUGUUAAUGCAGAAUUCUUUGUUAAUUACGAAUGUGCAGAAUGUAUAGGUAGCUUACAGAUUAAAUUUAAAACAAAACAUGCGGAUAAUAAAAAUGUACAUGAUGUAUGGUUAAUGCAAGAACAUAUAUUACAUAUUAUUGAACUAUAUAAAAAUAGUGUCGAAUUUAGUUCAAAAAUAUUAGGGGUUUAUGUUCAGUUACAAAGUAAAUUAUAUAAUAAUGUACUAAUCGAAUGUAUAUUUAACAAAUUGUUAUCAUCUUUUAGUAAGAAAAAUUAUUAUUUUUAUAUUUCUUUAGUUCAUAGACUUUUACUAAUAAAUAAAAAUUUAGGAACUGUAAUUAUCAGAUGCAUUAAAUUUGUUUUAAAGCAAAUUGGAAAAUUGGAUAAUGAAUCCUUUUACUUAUUCAUGGAAUUAUGUCUCUAUAUGUUAUCCUAUUUUUCCUAUGAAAAUAAAAUGUUAAAGAGUAAAGAAAAUUUUUUUAAAAGGAAAUAUAAUGACAUGAACAAAAUUAUAAAAAUUCAAGAGGGAAAUAUGCAAAAGGUGGGAAACGAUGCCAGAUUGAACGGAAAAGAAGUGCCACAGGAAAAAGAAGCUGUACGAGAAGAGGAAGCGCUACAAGAAGAGAAAGUGAUAACAGAAGAAGGACCAUUAAGUGGAAAUAAAAGGAAAAGAAAGAGGGACGAAAUUGUACAAGAAGAAUUACAAACAGAAGAGCAAUCUAAUGAACGCGCCGCAAUUGAAGAAAAUAGUUUUGGAAAUUUAACAAAUAUGAAAAGAAAUCAAGUCAUUUUGAAAAAAAACGAAGAUACAUUGAAUAAAAUGAAAAGUCUUGAUUGUAAAAUCCCUUUUUGUGUUGAAGUGGAUGUGAAGUACAGUUCUGAUGAAAGUAAUGAAGAAUGUAAUGAAGAGAAGGGUAAUAAGAAAAGGGAGAGAAAUAAUCAUGAGGAAAGUGAAGAUGAAAAGGACGAUGAUGAUGAUGAGGAGGAGGAGGAGGAGGAGGAAAACAAUAACAAUGAUGAUAACGAUGUAGAUAAUAAAGGAAUUAAUAGUAACAAAAAAGAUUUUGAUUUUGUAAGUUUUAAGGAAGAAUUAGCAAAAUUAGAUAUGGGAGAUAAUUUGAGAAAGUUUACGAAUUUGAUGUAUAAUGUGAAAAAGAAAUAUUGUCGAAAAUGGACAAGAAAUUUUUAUUUUAAAUCUUGUUCAUUAGUUUAUAAAAAUGAGUCAGAGAAUUUAAUUCCUAAAUCUGUUAUUAAUUAUUGUAACAGUUUUAAAUGCAUUAAUGAUAAUACGCAUGAUAAUUUUCAUGAAUUUUUUAUUUUCAAUGCUAUCUUAAAAUAUUGUACAGUUGAAAUUAAUAAUGUUGAAGAUGAGUAUGGCGAUAUGAUUAAUGAAGACGAUGAAAAAAAUAAGAAAAUAGAUUGUAUAAACAAAUUUAGAGAUGCUAUUAAUGUGUUAAUUCAGUGUUUCAUGUAUUACUUAAAUGAAAAAAAUUAUUUGAAUAAAGUUCCUUAUUUUUUUGAAAAUGUGUCCAAAAAUAUUCACUUAUUGAAUGAUAUAUCAAGUACGAAUUUAAAUGGAGCUUUUUUUAAUAAUUAUAUAUUUAAAAAUGAUUUUUUGGAAAAUUCAGAAUGUUGGAAUAGGUACAGCAUUUUAAUUCUUUUUUUUAAGGCCCUCAUAUUUUUUGAUUCUUCAAAUGUUUCUUCUCUAAAAAAAGUUUUUAAAAAUCACGCAAUUAUAUUUUCAAAUUACAAGAAUUCUGGUAUUUAUCAAUCAGAAGAUGACAAGUACAACUAUGAUAUUGAAUUAGUAAAUAUUGUGUACACUCAUUUUAACAAUUCCGUUCUGUUAAAUGUAAUUGUGAACAUUUUGGUGGAAAACGAGAUAAUUGAUGAGUUUUCUGUUAUUUAUUUCAUUUUUAACAAAUUGGAUGAAUCUAACUUAGAUGAAUACUACGUGUUUCGUCUUAUUUAUGAAGUCAUAGACAGCCAGAUCACGAAAAAGGAGUACAAUGACCUAGAAAAGAAUAGAUUGAAAAGAAAGCAAACUAAAAAUGAGAAUGAGGUGUUAAUAAAAGAAUUAGAAGAUAAAAAGAAUGAGCUAGUUCAGAAAAUUUUUCAUCUAACGAAUAAAACAAUUGUUAUGCUAGGUAAAAAGAUGAUGAAAUUAAAAAAUGAACAUAAUUCAUACAUGAGUAAAGAGUUAUUAAAAGAAUCCUUAGUAUUUUUAAGAACCUAUAUGGAUUACAUAGAUAUUGAUCAAUUUUUGCAGUCAUGUCACGAGAAUAAUUUUGCUUCAGAAUUGUUGGAAUUAGCAACUAUUUUUAAGUACGCUAGUUUAAAAAAAAAAUAA